AUGGAGCUGCUGCCGCCGCUCAGCAUGAGCCCCAUCAUGGCUGACACGGUGUCAGGAGUCACCGGCCUUCUGCUCCUGCUGCUCUGCCUCCUGCUCCUCACGGCCUGGAGCAGGACCAGCCGCUCACACAUACCAGGUCCCUCCUUCUGCGCAGGACUUGGCCCUAUUCUCUCCUCUGCCAGGUUCAUUUUGACCGGGAUAGGAACAGCGUGCAACUACUACAACAACAAAUAUGGCAGCACCGUCCGCGUCUGGAUCAAUGGCGAGGAAACACUCAUCCUCUGCAAGUCUUCUGCAGUGUAUCAUGUUCUGAAGAGCGCCCAUUACACAGCCAGAUUUGGGAGCAAAAAAGGCCUGGAGUGUAUUGGGAUGGAAGGGAGAGGUAUCAUUUUCAACAGUGAUGUCCCACUCUGGAAGAAAAUAAGAACAUAUUUUGCUAAAGGGCCUGGCCUUCAGAGAACAGUGGGGAUCUGUGUGAGCUCCACAGCCAAGCAGCUGGAGUGCCUGCAGGACAUGACGGACCAGUCCGGCCAUGUGGAUGUGCUCAACCUGCUGCGUACCAUCGUGGUGGACAUUUCAAACAGGCUGUUUCUCAGGGUGCCUCUCAAUGCAAAGGACCUGCUAAUGAAGAUCCAAAAGUACUUCAUGACCUGGCAAGCCGUUCUGAUCAAGCCUGAUAUAUUUUUCAAAAUUGGAUGGCUGUACAAUAAGCACAAGAGAGCAGCCCAAGAGCUGCAGGAUGCAAUAGAAAGCCUUAUUGAAACUAAAAGAAAGACUCUCAGUGAAUCUGAGAAGCUGGACGAUGAUCUUGACUUUGCAUCGGAGCUCAUUUUCGCCCAGAACCACGGAGAGCUGUCAGGAGAUAACGUCCGGCAGUGUGUGCUGGAGAUGGUGAUCGCAGCACCUGACACCCUGUCCAUCAGCCUCUUCUUCAUGCUUAUGCUUCUGAAACAGCAGCCUGAAAUAGAGCUGAGGAUAGUGGAGGAAAUAAACACUGUCUUAGGGGAUAAAAGUGCAGAAAACAUUGAAUAUCAAAACUUGAAAGUGCUGGAGAGCUUCAUUAAUGAGUCUCUGAGGUUCCAUCCCGUGGUUGACUUCACCAUGCGAAAGGCGCUUGAGGACGACAACAUUGAUGGCACACAAGUCAGGAAAGGAACCAACAUCAUCCUCAACAUCGGUCUCAUGCAUAAGACCGAGUUCUUCCCCAAACCCAAUGAGUUCAGCCUGGAGAACUUUGACAGAACGGUGCCCAGCCGUUUCUUCCAGCCUUUUGGUUGUGGGCCUCGUUCCUGCGUGGGCAAGCACAUCGCCAUGGUGAUGAUGAAGGCCAUCUUGGUCACUUUGCUCUCUCGAUACACGGUGUGUCCUAACAGUGGCUGCACCCUCAGCAGCAUCCGGAUGACCAACGACCUGUCCCAGCAGCCUGUGGAGGACGAGCACAGCCUGGCCAUGCGCUUCAUCCCCAGAACGACACAGCCUCGACACACUCAACACCAAAAAGUGAACUAA